UGAAGGAGAGAGAGUGGGUGGGGGGGUCCCUCUGCACCCCAGUAGAGCCGCGGGUGUUGCUCCGCCGCAUGCAGUAGUGUUUAGGGGGACCUCUGAGCAGACACACACAGGAGCUCGGAGGUUCUCUGUGUGGGGAAAAUGAGACUGCAUUCUGGAUAAAUGGCGAAGUUCAAGAUGAAAGUCUGCCAUCUUUGGCUGUUUUGUUUUUUUCCCCUGCUUUCACCAAAUGUUUUGUGUUUUAGCGAGUUAUCCUUCAUCACCGAGCCCAGUGAUGUGACCAUUUUACCAAAGGACCCCACCGUCUUGGACUGUCUAGCUCAUGGUCAGCCUCCGGUCACCAUCAAGUGGCUAAAAAACGGCGUUCGCUUAACGGACAGCGAGCACUACCAGUUUUUGCCCAACGGCUCCUUGUACAUACCAAAGAUAAAGCAUACCAAGGAGGAGUCGGAUGAAGGAUUCUACCAGUGCCUCUCCGAGAACAAGUUUGGAGCUAUCCUUAGCCAAAGAUCACGCCUGACUAUCGCAAGUAUUUCAGAGUUUGUGUUGCACCCAUUGCCUAUGGAGGUGACUGAGGGCUCGGUUGCCCGAUUCUCAUGUGUAGUCACCUCCAGACCUCCUGCCACAGUCACCUGGGAGUUCAACCAAAGCACAUUACCUCUUCAGACAGACAGAAUCACUGUUUUGCCCAAUGGAGUUCUUCAGAUCCACAGUGUACAGCUGAAGGAUGCUGGACGGUAUCGAUGUGUCGCAACUAACAUUGGCAGCCGACUGAAGAGUCGAGAGGCAAAGCUGACAGUCAUUCAAGAUGCGGGUGCUGAAAUCCGUAGGAGACCAAGAAUCAUAGCUGGACCUCAAAACUUGACCGUUUCUCUCCACCAAACUGUGGUGCUAGAGUGCUUAGCCACUGGAAACCCCUGGCCCAUUAUCUCUUGGAGCCGUGCUGAUAGUAAACCCAUUGACGUGUAUAAAGCCAAAGUGUUGGGUAAUGGGAACUUGAUUAUUACCGACGUCAACUCCAAGCACAGUGGAGUCUACCUCUGCAGGGCCACCACCCCUGGAACCCGCAAUUACACCAUAGCCGCUGCCAACCUCACAGUUCAAGUGCCACCAUCUAUUGUCGAGAGGCCUGAGAGCCAGACCCGUCCAAGGGCUGGUACUGCCCGCUUCAUGUGCCAAGCAGAAGGAGUGCCCACUCCUCGCAUCAGCUGGCUAAAAAACGGAGAAGCGGUUCACUUAAAUGGACGCAUUAAGAUGUACAACAGUAAAUUGGUGAUUACUCAGAUCAUUCCUGAAGACGACGCCAUCUAUCAGUGCAUGGCGGAGAGUGAACAGGGCUCAGUGCUGUCCUUGGCUCGCCUCAUUGUUGUGAUGUCAGAAGACAGGCCCAGUGCUCCUAGGAACAUCCACGCAGAGACCAUCUCAAGCUCAGCCAUCUUGCUGGCGUGGGAGAGGCCUCUCUACAAGGCUGAAAGAGUCAUAGCCUACUCCAUUCAUUACAUGAAGGCUGAAGGUCUGAACAACGAGGAGUACCAAGUUGUUAUCGGCAACGACACAACCAGUUAUAUCAUCGAUGAGCUUGAGCCGGCUCGAAACUACACCUUCUACAUUGUGGCUUACAUGCCAAUGGGAGCCAGUCGUAUGUCCGAUCAAGUCAGUCAACACACCCUGGAGGAUGUGCCCCUGCGUACACCUGAGCUACGUUUGGUAAGCCACAAUUGGACAGAUAUCCAGGUGAGCUGGCAACAGCUUCCCUCCAAACUGAGCCGCGGGCGGGUGUCAGCAUACAGGCUGUCGUACCGCACAGCUGCCGACAGUGCAGUCAUUUCGAUGGAGCUACCUCAGAACAGCACCGGGUACGUUUUGGAGGGCCUCCAGCCCGACACCAUCUACCUGUUCCGUAUGGCCGCGGCCACCCGUGUGGGCUGGUGUGAGCCUUCAGCGUGGACGUCCCACCGUACACCUAAGACUUCCAGUCGCAAAGUGCCCUCAGCUCCUAUUCUCCAACUUGAGCCGCUUAACUGCACCUCCAUUGUGGCACGCUGGCAAAGCGCCCUAGAGUUUGAGGCUGUCCUAGGCUUCCGCCUGUGUUACAAUGAGGAGAGCCAACCGGAGCAGCCCGUCAUCCAGCUGCAGGCUCAGACCAACACCUACACCAUCAGUGGCCUUGAUCCGAGGAGAAGAUAUCGCGUGAAGAUCCUGGCUUUCAGUCAAGCUGGAGAUGGCUAUGAGACGGACCAAGCCAUCAGUACUCCUGGAUGUGUGUCGGCUAGGGACCAAAUGGCAGCAACACCUCCACCUCCACAUCAUGUGACUGUUUCGGCCAACAAUUCUUCUGAAGUUUCCUUGUGUUGGAAGCGUCCUACUUUCUCCCCAGGGAAGGCUGUCAGCUACACUGUCCGCUACACGGUCGUGGGAACGCACAACGCUUCUACUUUACGCUACUUGCAAACUACCAAAGAGAAUGUGACCGUGCAACAUUUAGAUCCAAAUACCCGCUAUGAGUUUGGGGUGCGUCUCCAUGUGGAUCAGAUGUCAAGUCCUUGGAGCGCCGUUGUUUAUCAUCGCACACUACCAGCAGCGCCCAUGCGACCGCCCACAGGAGUGCGAGUAACUCUGAUUGAGGAAGACACGGCGUUGGUGUCCUGGAAGGAGCUAACAGAGCCAAACGUGAUGAUUACACACUACACCAUCCUUUACGCUUCCCAGAGGUCUUGGAUGUCUGGACACUGGCAAAUAAUUCAAAGAGAGGGAAGUCAUACAAUGGCUCUUCUAGAGAAGCUAGAACCAGGGAACGUCUACAUGGUGAAGAUCUCUGCCUCCAACCAAGUGGGAGAUGGCCCCUUUUCAGAUGUUGUCGAGCUGGCCAUGAAGCGCGGAAAUGCCCAACACAGCAAGAACGCGUGGCACUCGGAUCACUUUCAGCAUACAGUUGCCUUCUCUGAUGGUCUGUACCACAUAGACCAAAGAUCCAUGACUGGGAUCAUUGUUGGAGUGAGCAUCGCCCUGGCCUGUAUUGUAAUGUGUGCCUUGAUCCUCAUCAGUAAAGGCAGACCAAGAAAAUCCCCCAGCAACAAGGCCAUCACUGAGCCUCCUGGUGAGGGUUUGUCUUUGCACCGUGAGCGCCAUGUUGAGAACGCUGAGGCCCUCAUCCCCAUGAUGAGCACUAACUUCACAGACAGCAAGAGUCCUUCAAACAUAGUGAUGAAGAGUGUGGGGCCUGCAAUGAGCAAGAACCAAAGCAAGAGGUGGCUACUCUUCAAUAGAGAUGUCAGCACUCCUAUUGAGAAUGAUGUUGAGGGGAGAGUCAGCUUGUAUGAAGGUGGCAAAACUGUUCUGAGGUAUGUGGAGCACCAAGGGUCUGCGCCCCUGCCGCCAUCGUCCCGGGAGAUCAUUUUUGGACCUUUCCAUGCCGAGAGCUCUCAAGGCAGCGACGGCAGCCAAGAGACGGGAGACUCCGGACACUACUCCAGCGAGGAAAGCAACGAAGAGAUGAGCAAUGCGUCUACCAACCAAAGCUCCAGACCUGAGUCCAUUGGACAGUGCAAUGGCGCCGAGUUGAAGCCGUCUUUUCAAGUGGAAAACGAGCAUAUACGUGGUUCCUUCCAUCUUCUAGCGCCUGACGCCGCUCGACCCUGCUGCGCCUCCGGCGGCAGCUAGCACUCGACAAGUGGAGAAUUGACCGUUUCUACCUCGUUCGCUUUCUGAGUUGAGCCGAUGGGUUAUUUCCUGCGGCACAAAGGAACAGGAAGUCAGCUGCUGUGAAGGAUGGAAAUGAGCAUUUUUCUUCAGAUCUACCUCAGGAUUCUGUAUGAAUGUUGAUUACAGUAUUUCAUUUCCUUUUUUUUCUACCUGUUGGUCUUUGUGGCCUCAUCUGUCCUAAACCAAAGCUCACCCAUAAUGAAUAUUUUAAAGACGUUUUCGUUGUAUUUAGUAGUGUUGGACCUGAGGGGGUGUUUUAUUGUCUACCUCAUUUGUUGUUAUUAUGUGACUACCUCCCCCAUCCCAUCAUUUUUACUUUGUGUGAAACCGCACGCCAUCGCCACAUCGUCUCACUUCUGUUGGAGUAGUUUUAAUUUCCUUAAUUGCUUAUCUUUUUUUGUACAUGUCGUGGAGGAAGGAAAACAAGUGCAUUAGAUACUGUCAAACUAUUUGGGUUGUUUGAGAUGUAGGAGAUUUUCAGUGCACUGAACUCAAAAGCUUUAAAAUGGCCUUAAAUACUGAAAGGGCGAUCCAAAGACAGGAAUAUUUGUACCCAAAGACUUUUUGAUAUGAGGAACCAAAAAUGUAAAGGAUGUACAUGACAAGGGUGCCAAAAAAUACUGUCCUGUGCCAUUGAUGUACAUUUCUCUCUUAAUGGUGGUUGGAAUGCUUUAUUCAGUGUAAACUUUCUUAAGUCUGGUGAAAGCUUCAGGGCAAGUCUGUGCGACUUGUGUACCGUUUGCCUUCAAGACCAUUGCUAAGCGCAGCGGUGACGCCGAUGCUAUUAUCCAAAGAGUUGUCUGCUUCCUCAAAUGGGUGUGGCUUUACAGUUGAUCCUUGGCAUGUUGAGGAAGACACUAUUGAUCUGGUGUGUCCUGUCAGUGAUGGAUGAUGUCACGUGUUUUUGUGCACACAUCAUCUAAUCACUGCUCCCCCACUGCCCUGGUUUUUGGUGUCCAGGUGUGACAAUGAAGGAUUCUGACUAUCAAAAAAGAAGCCCGAUGUGUGAACAGCAACAUAAUCAAUUUUUAUACCUUUAUUAUAGAAAUUAUCUAAACCAAAGAAGCUUUAGGUCUAAAAUUUAGCCAUUUUCUUUGGGUUCAUUUACACAAUUUGCAUUUAAAUGUGCUAUGAUUUCCGUUUGAUCAGUAGAAAGGCAAUUUAAACAGUUCUUUUUUCCACCAAUCUCUUAUCUGUGAGAGAUCAACAUUUUUAUUUAGCAUGUCGCAGUUUCUGUGUGGCAUUUCCCAAAGUUAAUAUCGCUGCUGUCAUGCUCAGAGUUUGUCUGUGUUAGAAACGACAACUUAGAUGCCUCAGAUCAUUUUUGCUGGCUUGACUUAUAGGUGCCAAAUGUAGCUUUAUAGUGUGUAGUCUUAACUGUCCUAAUUUAAAUCAUGUUUUCUUUGCUUUUCAUGCUUUUGAAUGCCAAAAUACACAAUUUAUUCCAAAGUGUGCACAAGACAAAUAAUGUUAUGGUUUGGAGUGUUGCAAAGGAAUUUUUGAUACUUUCAAGAUGAUCACAAAUGCUAUAAAAUAAAAUUG